GCCGGAGGCAUCGGUCUCUCUUACGCCAAGCGACUCCUCGAUCGCGGUUACCGGGUUGUGUUGGCAGAUCUGAACACAGAUCGAGGGACAGAAUUGGAAAAAGAGCUGGGCUCCAAUACUUUGUUUGUCCACUGCGAUGUGGCCGAUUGGUCUUCCCAAGUGGCUCUAUUCAAGGCCGCGCACGAAUGGGCCGGUCACAUCGACGUCUUCAUUGCAAAUGCCGGGAUUGAGGAGGAUGAGCCGUUCUAUAGCCUGCCCGAUAAUGACGGUGAACCCGUCAAACCAAGCAUGAAAGUAUUGGACGUCGACCUCCAUUCCGUCGUGUAUGGUCUACGACUAUUCCGACACCAUAUGAAGAAGUCAGCUGUGGGUGGAACCGUUGGAAAGAUGAUUGUGACCAACAGCAUGGCCGGGCUCUAUGAAUUCCGAGUUGCGCCUGUCUACAGCGCCGCAAAGCAUGGGGUUAUCGGAUUACUCAGAUCCGCUUCUGAGAAGCUCAGAAAAAACGAAUCCAUUUCACUCAAUGCCAUCAGCCCCGGCCCAGUCAAUACCUCAAUCAGUGACGUUCUCAAGGAGGUUGUUCCCACAGAGCACUUCACCACGAUGAGUGUUAUCCUCGACGCACUCGAUAAGAUUCUAGAUGAAGACAUCACAGGGCAGGUUUUUGAAUGUUCGAGUCAGAAAUUCUAUUUACGGGAGCCGGUGGAAUAUUGUGACAAGAGCGCCGAAUUUCUUCUGCAAGAUAUG